UUUCAGUGUGAAAAAAAUAUCAGUUUUAAUAUUAUUUUAUAAACGAAUAGUUUUCUUGUAUAUAAAUCGGAGAACGUGUAAAAUAACUUAUGGAUGUUUAUCCGUUACCGGUGAAUCGAAGAAUCUUAUUGGUCCAUUCUUCUGUACCAUUUGUGAAAAAUGUCAGACGACGUGGCUGAUGAAAGAUGGAACCCGUACCACAUAAUGUAGCUUAAAAUUUUGUAAGAUCACGAAAUGUCAUAUAAAAUUAUUCGUUUAUAAAAGUGUUUUUAAGCAACUAGUUUUUUAUUGUAUUGUUGAUAAUUUAUUUAAUGUUAUAAACGUAUUACUUUUGUCGUAACUAUGGGGCUAUGCAAGUGUCCGAAAAGAAGAGUUACAAAUCUGUUUUGUUUUGAACACCGUGUCAAUGUUUGUGAACAUUGCAUGGUUACGAACCAUCCAAAGUGUAUUGUUCAAUCGUAUAUUUUGUGGCUACAUGACCAUGAUUACAAUCCAGUAUGUACAUUAUGCUCAGUAAAUUUAAGUGAAGGAGAUUGUGUUCGGCUAACAUGUUAUCACAUGUAUCAUUGGGCAUGUUUGGACAAAUAUGCCAGGGAAUUACCAGAAACUACAGCACCAGCAGGAUACACAUGUCCAACUUGCAAGGAACGCAUAUUUCCUGACUCAAAAUUGGUUUCUCCUGUGGCAGAUGUGUUGAGAGAAAAGUUAGCAGGAGUAAAUUGGGCAAGAGCUGGUUUAGGUUUACCUUUGCUCAGUGAAGACAGAGAGCAAAAACCAGAACAGGAGCAUCCUUCAUUGAGAAUUGAGACCACUUCGUAUCAGAACCACACACUAACAACUUCAUCACCAUCAACUGCUACAUCACGUUCUGUUAGCAAUGUUAACUCAGUUCAUACUAACAUAAAUAAUGUGCAUUUAAAUAAUCAAAAGGUUGGGCCACCUUAUUCAAUUGUAAAUAUCGAUUCAUCCAUGGGAUUGUCACAGUCAACAUCAAGAAAAGUUUGCGAAGCAUAUGACGAUCCAAAAGAAAUAUCAUUUGAUCAUGAUGAAAAUAAAUACAGAAGAAAGCCUGCCAUUGAAUGGUUCUUAAGGUGGUGGAAGUUGAUAGUUAGCCCACCAACGCGACGUAGAAAUACACCCAGUCCGCAAUACAGGAGAUAUACGGUGCUAGGAAUCAUGGUAAUAUUAGCUUUCAUUGGAAUGUUAAUUUUAUUCUCGUGGCUUGGACGAAUAGCUACAGACGGCGAUCCAAGUUACGAUCUUCGCGCAGAUCCGAACAUUUUAGUUGCUGAUAAACCCGCUGGUAUUUAAUAUACUCCACAUUUCAAAAUGAUGUUUGAAGAAAAUUGUAGGAGUACCACGUAAACGAAGACGUAUAAUACAUAUGAGAAUAAUAAAUGAAGCUUGUAAGAUAAUGUAAUAAUUUUGGAUUAUAGUCGAACGAAUAUGUAUUCACUGUCUUAUGAUUUCAUUCUAAAGAAAUAACUAGCAUAAGAUAUAGUAUACUGCUAACCAAUAUUUGUUAAUUUUUAUGUAAAGUAUGCCUUAAUAUUAAGCUGUAUAUUUCACUCUGUAAAGACUUAUAAAUUUACAAGAAAUUUUGUGUAAUGAUUA